AAUGUAAAAUAUCCAGUAAUUCAUCUUUGGAUAUUUCUUCAAUGAGUUUAUCAAAUUUUGUGGUCCCAACAGUUACAAACACUUUUUUCACACUCAUUACAAAGACCAAAAACACAAUUUUAGUGAGUUUUUACCACACUUAUCCAUUAUCUGGAACGCAUUUUUUAUCAAUAUAUUCGACUAAAACAAAUCCAUCACAUAACCUCACUUUUUAGAAUCACACAUGUUUCCCGGAAGAAUUUAAGUCGCAAUGGACGUGGAAGUUCGCAUUGUCGACAACUCGAAAGGUAAAGGAUUAUUUUCAAAAAAGUGCUUUAAAAGCGGUUCUAUCAUAUUCGAAGAGGACCCCUUGGUGUCUUGCCAGUUUUCCUGGAAUGCGGCUUAUCAGUAUAAAGCAUGCGAUCAUUGUUUGAGGCCUUUAGAGACCGCUGAGGAGAACGCACGCCGCUUGACGGGGAAGCCCGACCUCGAGUUACCCUUCCCUGAAUGUUGCACAACUGAUAAAAGCAAAUUCACUUCAUGCACUCUCUGCGGCACCGACUACUGUUCCGUUGAGUGCCAAACAACGGCUUACAACCAAUACCACCGAAUACUUUGCUUACAAACAACCGAACGCAACAAUUUCCACCCUCUCGAGCAACUCAACGAGGCUUGGAAACAUGUUCAUUACCCUCCUGAAACCAACACUAUAAUGCUAAUCGUCCGACUUUUGGCUCGAAUCAUCCAGUCCCCAAAUCGCGAACUGGCCAUUGAGCAAACCCUCCAGUUUUGCCACCGCACCGUCAACGAGGACGCCGAACUCGCCCAUAAGUUACUCGGCGAGAAAUUCGCGAGUCAGCUAUCACUAUUGCAUAAUUUGCUCCUCCAAUGUGUCCCCCAUGAAGGGAUUGAGCAGUUUUUGACCCCGGCGGGGUUCCAGGGGCUCCUCGCUCUCAUCGGGACGAAUGGCCAAGGCGUCGGGACUAGCGCGAUAAGUCAGUGGGUGACUCGAACCUCCGACUUGGCCAUUUCUGAUGACGAGAGAGGCGCUCUUGAUAAAUUUAUUGAUAAGUUGUAUGAGGAUAUGGAUUCACAUUCGGGGAAUUUUUUAAAUAAUGAAGGAGUCGCGCUGUUUACUUUGCAAAGUGCGUGUAAUCACAGUUGUGUUCCGAACGCCGAACCCACGUACCUUCAUAAUAAUAAUCGGUUGUCUUUGGUGGCUGUUAGGGAUAUUCAGGAAGGGGAGGAAAUUUGUAUCAGCUAUUUAGACGAGUGUAAUUUGCACAGAUCGAGGCAUUCCAGACGGAAAGGAUUGAUGGAGAAUUACCUCUUUGCUUGUAAUUGUCCCAAAUGUGAAGAACAAGCUGAGGAACCAGAUGUCACAAGUGAGGAAGAAGAAGAAGAGGAAGAAAUGAGCGAAUAAAUUACUAUUUAGGAUCUUAAAAUUGUUGACCAAUUAUGGAAAUAAAAUGAUUUAUUUCAAAA